AGUAUGACCUGGUGUCUGCCUACGAGGUUGACCACAGGGGAGAUUUUGUGUCCCACGAAAUAAUGCAUCACCAGCGACGGAGGAGAGCGGUGGCCCAGCUGGGGCGCGACACAUUGCACCUCAGACUGAAGGGCUUCAGGCACGACUUCCACCUGGAUUUGAAAGCUGCCAGCAACCUGGUGGCUCCUGGAUUUAUGGUGCAGACACUGGGGAAGAGAGGCACUAAAUCAGUGCAGAGGCUUCCACCAGAGGACUUUUGCUUCUAUCAGGGCUCCUUGAGGUCUCAGAAGAAUUCCUCAGUGGCACUUUCCACCUGCCAAGGAUUGUCAGGCAUGAUAAGGACAGAGGACGCAGACUACUUCCUAAAGCCAAUUCCUGCACACCAAGCAGGGAAACUGAGUGGCUCUGCCCAGGGUGGCCCUCCCUCCCAUGUGCUGUACAAGAGAUCCACAGAGCCCCAGGCUCCCAGGGUGAACGAGGUCCUGAUGGUCACCAGGAAGCAGGAGCUGGUGAGCCAAAACCUACAUGAUGGCGGCUCCAACCUCAGGCUCCCACAAAAGCAGCAUUUCUGUGGAAGACGCAAGAAAU